AUGCGGACGUCCUCCUCCUCGUCCCCGAGGAAGAGGAAGAGGAAAGACCUCUCGCCUCUCGACCCUAUCGAAAGUCUGCCUUCCUUGGGCAAUAGUUCCCGCCGAUCUGUCUUCCGCGAUGCUGGCCAGCGACGCGGCGCGUGGUACGAGCGUCGCCCUUCGCCGGAAGCCGCCAGCGCCGGGAAGCACGAAGGUCGUUCAUCGGCGAACCGUGGCUCGGAGAACGAGAGGUUGUGCAACGUCUGUGAGGAGGGGGGCGACUUUUGCCUGGGAAGAAGCGAACGAGGGUGCUUGGGAAAGAGAGGCGGGGAGGCAGCGGAGUGGACGGGAGGGGUUGUUCAGCGACGUAGCGAUAAUAGAGCAGACGGCUCGAAGAAGCGUCUGGCGACGAUCGUCGUGUUCCUUGGGCUUCUGUGCGGGCAUUGGUGCCCUGGCGGGGCGGAGGCUCUCGCGGGCAGCCAGAAGUACAGCACCAGGACGGUCAGGACCAGGUACGGGACUCUCCGCGGCGUCGAGGCCAGGUCGUCCACGUCCGUCGAGACGUACUACGGGGUACCGUACGCCACGCCACCGGUCGGAGGGUUACGAUACAUGCCACCGGUCACGCCGACGCCGUGGCGUGGCACCAAAUUGGCGGACGCCAUGCCACCCGCGUGUCCACAGAGACCACCGGAACCGGAUGCGAGUCUGCCAAGGCCCAGGCGCGCCUACCUCGAGAGGCUAGCGCCGAUGUUGGCCAACCAGAGCGAAGACUGUCUAUAUUUGAACCUCUAUGUGCCCAAACCUCCUCACGGUAUUACUGCAGACUUGUUACCAGCCCUUCUUCUUAUUCACGGUGAUUCCUAUUCAUGGGGCGCUGGUAAUUCCUUCGAUGGAACCGCGUUGGCUGCUUAUGGACGCCUUAUCGUCGUGUCUAUUAAUUUUCGUCUAGGCGUAUUAGGCUUUCUUAAAACCGGGACGAAGGGGAGCGCGCUAGGAAAUUACGGCUUGAUGGAUCUGGUGGCGGGCCUCCAUUGGCUACACGAGAAUCUCGGCGCUUUUGGCGGCGACCCCGCUCGACUGACUCUCUUUGGCCACGGAACUGGAGCCGCGCUCGCCAAUUUUUUAGCCGUCUCGCCCAUGACAAAAGACCUGGUGAAGAGGGUAGUUUUACUGGGUGGCUCGGCCUUGUCACCCUGGGCCGUCCAACGAGAUCCGUUGAUGGUGAAGCGUCGCGUCGCUGAGCAGACCGGAUGUCCUGGCGACGCCGAUGCAGAUGAUAUCGCACCGUGCCUUCGUUUGAGGAGUCUGGAACAACUUCUCGCGGUGGAGUUGGAUAUACCCAGAUUCACUUCUGGGUUUGCACCCUUCAUGGAUGGGGCGGUCAUGCCUCAGCCGGUCAAUCAGAAUUUUCAGCCCACUGCCGCCUCUUCGGGACUGAUGCCCCUCAUGCCUGGCCCGGGCACCGAGUUCGCCGGAUUUGGAGAUCGCGAUCUGCUGCUUGGUUUGACGUCUGAGGAAGCCUGGGUCACUCUCACCGACGACGAUGUACAGAACGGCUUGAACGAGACCAGGAGGGAUCGUAUUCUACGCACCUACGUGCGAAACACCUACCGUUACCACCUUCACGAGAUCUACUCGACCCUCCGUAACGAGUAUACGGACUGGGAGAGAGGCGAGCAGAGUCCGUCGGCCAUUUGCGAGGGCCUGCUGUCGCUCCUCGGGGACGGCCAAGUUGCAGCACCGCUUCUGAGGCUGGCGUUGCUGCAUUCUGCCUCCGGGGGCCGUGGCUACUUCCUCCAUUUCCAGCUUGGCGAUCGACCGAGCCAGAGGGGCGAGGAGGUACCCUAUCUCCUAGGGAUACCUCUUCUCCGGGGAGAGGUUGUGUCCGUUUUGUCCGCCCCGAUCAACUACACUUCGGCCGAUGAGAAACUAUCCAAACUGCUGGUCCACUACUUGGCAAACUUCGUGAAACGCGGGGACCCGAACGGCGCCAGCCCGCUGACAUCGGGAUCCGACGGGCUGCCGAACAGUCCGCCGUUCUGGGAUUCGUACGAUUCAAUAAAUCAACUUUACCUGGAGGCAGGCCGUAGCACGGAGAUGCGGUCGCAUUACAGGGGCCACAAGAUGUCCCUGUGGUUGAAUCUGUUGCCCCAGCUUCAUCGACCGGGCUACGAGAUCAGUAUGCGUCACCAUCACCUGUCCGAAAGUUCGAGUCUUUACGAAGGCGCGGUGCGUCCACAGACUCUGGCGCUUCCGCUGCCGGCGCCUCCGUUGCCGAUGCCAUCGCCGACGGAACCGUCCUCGGUGUCCAGCGUGAUAUCGACCACCGAGUGCACACCGAACGCGACGGUCGCUACCACGGUGACCACCACCUCCAGAACGUUGCAACACCCCAAUCUGGGCCCAGGACCCAACAAUCUCCUGAGGAAGCUAGCAUCGAGUCACUACCAGAGCUACACCACCGCCCUCACGGUCACCAUAGCGGUCGGAGUGUUCCUGUUGCUGCUGAACAUCUUGAUCUUCGCUGGUAUUUAUCACCAGCGCGACAGGAACGUCUCGAACGCAACUGGCGGUCUGUCGUCCGCGUUCGGGGACAAGAAGAAGGAGGAGUUCUUGGAAGCAGGUUGCUCGGGGAUCGAGAUGUCCGGUAAACAGAGGCUGUCCUCUCUGAACCUGAUGAACUCGCCGUCCUCGAGUCCGCCGCCUCACAAGACGAAGCUGGCGCAGGAGUUGGAGCUGCAGCUGCAAGAGUUCCAGUGCUCCCCGCCGCCAGGGGGCGGUAAGAGGAUACUGGAGCCUCCGCUGUACACCAUGAGCCCCUGCGUGCAGCGUACGCGAACGCCGUCGCCAUGCAUCGACGCGACCACUGCCAGGAUGGACGACGACGACGACGACGGGGACAGCAGCGACGACGACAUCGACGACGAUAAUCUGCCGGAACCGCCGCCGCCCCCGAAGGCACCUGCGCCAAACGUGGCGCUGUCCUGUCCGGGGAUCCUCAGGCAACCUGGUACACCUGGCAGCGCCAAGAAACGUGUUCAAAUUCAAGAGAUCUCCGUUUGAGCGAGACUAGCCGCUACUGCUGGCAGUAGACGAUCCGUUGAUCCUGGCUGACGAGUUGUUGGAUCAGAAAUCGAUAGAGAUGAGCCCGGAAACGGCGUCAUCCGGUUAGCAACGUAACGUGCCAUGGAUUUGAGAUGUUUAAAGAGUUUUUCGACGAAGACGCGCAUAGGCCUACGGUGCACAGCGUGCAACAGUCUCGAAGAUGUGUACUCGCGGUUUCUUAGAAUUUUAUCGGAGAGAAUCCGUAGCUGAAGAUUAUACAACAUCGUAGCGUGAUCGAGAGUGGCGGGUUAACGAAGACAGAAGUGUAAACGGAAGCACAAUGGCGUCGAGAGAAUCUCGAUACUCGGUGCGAGGGGCUCGAUAUACUGUUGAGGGACGACAUGAUGCCACGCUACCUAGGAACUCAGAGAGUGAAGGGGCA